AUGUCCAACGCACCACCAAACGCUCUGAACGCCAACGCAAAUCUCAUCCCCAUUACCUCCGUCGAGCAAUUUCAAGCAACAUUAUCCUCCGACCUCACUCGUAUUUCGCUCAUAAACUUUUGGGCUCCAUGGGCUGCGCCAUGCACACAGAUGAACGCUGUGGUCGCUGAGCUGGCGAAGAAGCAUCCGGCCCUGUUGGUGCUCAACGUAGAAGCAGAAGAACAAGCAGACAUCGCCGAGUCUUUCGACGUCGAGGCGGUCCCCUCCUUCGUCGUUUUACGGGGCCACACUCUCCUCGCACGAAUUUCUGGUGCUGAUGCCCCAGCCCUCACACAAGCCAUUGCCAAACACCUCUCCGCUCCCCCUGCUCCCGCUCCAUCCAACAAAACCCCAACACAACAGCCUCCCUCGAAUGAGACACCCGAGGAGCUCGAGAAGCGAAUGCGGGGGCUGAUGAACCAGCGCCGUGUCGUUCUCUUCAUGAAAGGCACACCAGAGGAGCCGCGUUGUGGUUUCAGCCGCAAAAUCUCGACAUUAUUGAGGGAGCAUGCUGUCGACUUUGCGCAUUUCGAUAUUCUGAGCGACGAAGAUGUCAGGCAGGGACUUAAGAAGCUGAACGACUGGCCCACGUUCCCGCAGCUCAUUGUUGAUGGCGAGCUCGUGGGUGGUCUCGACAUUGUGCAGGAGAUGAUAGCCAGUCACAAAGGAGAUUCUGUUGCACGAAUCCGAUUGUUGGACAAUGGCCGGGAAAUUCCUUUUGGUCUCCGUGUUACUCGAGCUCCAACGGUGGCGCGCCCCGACCAUAUGAAAGUUGCUCAAAUCGACCAAAAGUUCUCAAGAAUUAUAAUGCUUCAUGGCAUGGCAUUGCAAUGCCUCAAAUCAUAA